AUGUCAAAUACAUAUGUAGAAGCCUUUAUGACAAAAAAACCGAAAGAAGGUUUAGCCAUUGCUGAAGAAAGAUUAAGAAAUGCUAUGGCAUUUGAUAUUGAACUUGCUGAAUAUUUCAAAGAAAGAGCACAAAUUGAAGAAAUAUACGCGAAGAAUUUAAAAAAAGCUUCCACAAGAUUAUAUACAACUAACCCAGAGAUAUUAGGUUAUUUUACACCUGUUUGGGAAUCGUUAAUAAAAGAAUUAAAUCAAAUUGAAACUUAUCAUUCUGAAAUGGCAUAUCGAAUUACACAAGAAAUUGAAAGGCCUUUAAGAACUCCACCUUCUGACGAUUAUCAUAAACUUCAACAAUACGAGUCACUUUUACAUUUGUCAGAAAACAAAAAUAAGUUAUCUACAGUAAAAAGCUCUAUAUUUCGAAAAUCAAAGAGUCAAAAUAAUUUAAAUUCACAAAACGAAAUUGCAGACUAUUUAAUGUUACAUCAAAAUAUGGAUGAAGCUCGCUUAGUACGACUAAAAUCAACAGUAGAAUUAUUUGAGAAAAUACAAACUGAACAGCUAAUGAAAAGAGUUGAAAUGGCUAAUGAAACAAUGUCUUCUGCUCAACUAUUUGAUGUUCAACAUGAUAUUCAAGACUUUUGUAAUGAAAAAGGGAAAGGAUUACUAACACUAGAAUCUACAGAUGAAAGACCUCCUUCAACAUUAAAGCAAAGAGCCUCUACAGUAAGCUCACAAGACUCACAUCGUUCCACAAACAAAUUCAAAUCAAUAUUCUUGAAAAAGAAAAAAAGCCAUUCAUUGGAUAGUAAUGAGACCGAAGAGAAUCGAUAUGGUAGUUAUUCAAAUAUGACAAAUGAAAUUGUGACACCUACAGAAAAUCAUACAGUCAUAGAUUCGAAUAAUAAUAACAAUUCAAUUUCUUCACCGCCUUUAGUAGAUGCAGAAGGAUAUUCAAUUCCAACAUAUACAAACAAUAAUUUCCCAAAUAUGGCAUCUGAUAUUUCUUCCCGUCACACCUCAGAUGAUGUUGAUUCAGACAUUACCAGUUUGAAAUUGAAUCAAAAGCUACAAAUCAAUAUUAAGGAAAGUAGUGUAAAAGAAGAAGAAAAGGAAGUAAAUGAAACUUUUAACAAAAUGGCUACAAUGUUACGUGAACAUACACCAACUAUUUCAAAAAGACCAAGAGGAAGGAGAGAGAGCUCCAUUAAUCGAACUCAAACAGAUUCAUCUCUUUUUGCUGCCUCAGCAUCUAGCCAUUCUUUAGAGAAUCCUCGAGCAAAUUCAAUGCUUUCAACUUCAUCUAAUGAAACCAGCACAUCAAAUCCAUUUAUACAAAUAUCUCCAAUUAAUAAUAAUACUAUCUUUGCUGCAACUUCAUCAUCCUCUAUAAAUAAUAUGUAUGGUUCUACCCUCUUAAAUGACUCUCCGGUACAUAGUACUUGGUCACUUCAACCUAUUCCUGAAGUACAACAACAACAACAACAACAACAACACUACUUAUCUGUGUUUAUUACAGAAAAAACAAAUUUAACAGCAUCCAAUUUACUUUCUGUUUCAGGUCAAAUUUUAAUUUCCUACCAAGGCAAUUCUCAAACAUUAUUUACAUCAAAGCUACCUAUUCAACUUCCCCAUAUUGAUGGAAUCCGCCAAUUGACUCCUAAUCCUGAAUAUGUUACAGUUGAAGAUGGUAUCUAUAUGCUAGAUAUGAAACAUUUCCAAACAAAUGAACAGAUUGCUUGUUUCACUUAUGAACUUGAUAGUAGUCCACUUGCUUUACCAAUACAGUUAUCGCCUUCUUGGAAAUGCGUAGAGGAUGUUAGUUAUUUGAUAGUGAAACAUACAAAGAAUCCAUUAGUAGCCGAUCCUUCCAAAUUAAAGGGUACAGUUCAAGUCCUUAUGGGUGAUCAGCCUGCGAUUCAGUACGUUCAAAGUACACCGCAGGGUCUUUGGGAUGUCAAGAAUCGAUUGACAUGGCAGCUCGGUGAUUUAUUGGAUCAAUAUACUACCACUCAACCUGAUAAUCAACAACAGCGUCUUUUAGCAAAGUUUUACACUGAAGGGAAAGGUGCGCCACGACCUAUUCAUCUUCAAUACACUCAUCAAGAUACUUUAGUCUCUGGUAUCUCUGUCAUUUGUGAUGCUAUAGAAAUUAAAAAUUUAGAAACAAGGGUCCAAUCCGAUCAUAUCGUGUACAUGUAA